AUGGAGGCUGUGGGCCAGUCGCUGCAUGCGAAGAUGCGAACCUUAUCUUCGAAGCGCCAAAACACAACACCUAUACGACAGAGAGUACAAUGGACGUUGUAUGAAGAGAGACAAUUGAAGGAGUUGAUCAAAGAUAUCGCAGAGCUUGUCAACGAUCUCGUCAAACUGUAUCCUGUAGCGCUCGAAGAGCAGCGUAGGCUCUGCAAAAUGGAGGUGUCUGAGAUCAAAUCCAGGGAUGCUCUUCUUGCCCUAAAGGACAUCGCAGCAUUUCAGGAUAAGGAACUCGAAAAAGCCAUCGUCGAAGCCUUGCAGGCAGAGGAACGCGACGUUCAAUAA